AUACGCAUACAAACUCGUAAUUUUUUCUCAAUUGUUUCAAUUCCAAUUUCUGUUCAUGUUUUGAUUACCGUUGUUACUGAUUAUCAUUAUUAUUUUAUUGUGAUUUUAAAGUUUGAUGGACUUGUCAUCUCAAUCGACGGAUACCUCAUCGAUCCUCUCUUUAGGGCUAGUAUCUCCGUCGCCAUCUUCCCACCGGAGCCAGAUCGCCGAUGAUCCCGUUACCCUUCAUCUGGGAACCAAGGACUCCACCCACCACCCUACCCGACCGGUUCCUCUCCGGCUCCUCGAACCGCACCAAAACGGGAACCCGAUAGAAAGGGAGAGGAGCCACGACGACGACAAUGAAGAGAGUAGGGAAACCGAAGAAUUCCAUAUAUUAGGACAUCCCAUGUGUCUCAAAAGGCGGAGAGAUAGCUGCUCUUCUUCAUCGUCGCCCUCUUUGUUGAAACGAAUGACGCCGGAACUGGGUCUCGAGACCAGAAAAGCGGCCGUGAAAUCGUGGGGUAGCCAGCCGCUCCACGUGGCAGAUCCUGACAUGUUUGACAUGAUGGAACAGGAGAAAAAGAGGCAGUUCAUGGGAAUCGAGUUGAUAGCCUCUGAGAAUUUCGUGUGCCGCGCCGUUAUGGAGGCCCUUGGAAGCCAUUUGACCAACAAAUACUCCGAAGGGAUGCCGGGAGCAAGGUAUUACGGUGGGAAUCAGUACAUAGACGAAAUCGAAACCCUUUGCUGGAAACGUGCAUUGGAAGCUUUUGGGCUUGAUGCCGAGUGCUGGGGUGUCAAUGUGCAGCCUUAUUCGUGCACAUCGGCCAAUUUUGCGGUUUAUACCGGACUGCUAUUACCCGGAGAUAGGAUCAUGGGAUUAGAUACGCCAUCCGGAGGGAAUACGAGCCAUGGUUAUUAUACCCCAAAUGGGAGGAAAGUUUCUGGGGCAACUAUAUUCUUUGAGAGUUUGCCUUAUAAAGUGAAUCCUCAAACUGGGUAUAUUGAUUAUGAGAAAUUGGAGGAGAGGGCACUUGAUUUCAGGCCCAAGAUACUAAUCUGUGGUGGUAGUUCAUAUCCCAGGGAGUGGGAUUAUGCAAGGUUUAGACAGAUUGCUGAUAAGUGUGGUGCUGUUCUGCUGUGUGACAUGGCUCAGAUAAGUGGACUUAUUGCUGCCAAGGAAGCUGCUAAUCCCUUUGAAUACUGUGACAUUGUUACCUCUACCACCCAUAAAAGCCUCCGAGGUCCCAGAGGAGGUAUAAUUUUCUAUAGGAAGGGUAAAAAGCCAAGGAAGAGCGGAAUGCAUCUAAGCCAAGGAGAUUGCAACGAGCAAUAUGAUUUUGAGGAAAAGAUAAACUUUGCUGUUUUUCCAUCUUUGCAAGGCGGACCACAUAAUAAUCAUAUUGCUGCUCUUGCCAUAGCGUUGAAGCAAGUUGCUACACCAGAGUACAGGGCCUAUAUGCACCAAGUGAAGAAAAAUGCUCAGGCUUUAGCAUCUUCAUUGUUGAGAAGAAAAUGCAAGCUAAUUACUGGAGGCACAGACAAUCAUUUGUUACUCUGGGAUCUAAGACCUUUUGGGUUGACAGGUAAAGUUUACGAGAAGGUGUGCGAGAUGUGCCAUAUUACCCUGAACAAAAUUGCUAUUUUUGGCGAGAAUGGUGUCAUUACUCCUGGUGGAGUAAGGAUUGGUACUCCCGCCAUGACAUCGAGAGGUUGCCUAGAGUCUGAUUUCGAUACAAUCACAAACUUUCUCCUCAGAGCUGCACAUAUCGCUAGCACGAUGCAGCAUGACCAUAAGCUGCAGAAGACCUCCGUGAAGAGCCUCCUCGAAAAUAAGGAUCUUUUGGAGCUCCGGUCACAAGUUGAGGCGUUUGCAUCUCAGUUUGCAAUGCCAGGCUUUGACAUUUGAAUGAAUUGUUAAUGUGCCUUCAUACCGAGCGACUAAAAUUCCAAUUACUCUGCAGAGGAGGAACUGUGGGGGAGGGUUAUUUUUCCUGUAACCAGCUUGCACCAUCAUGUUUUUUUCUGUAACGGUGCCUGGAAACAUUGC